GGUUGAAAUAGUAUCAGAACGCAAGAACAGCUUCUCUUAGCUACUAGCUCCAUCUCCCUGGAGCCAGAGGGAACUCCGAAGGUGGCCACAGAGCCAGGACCUGGAACAGCAGGUCCCCACUCGCUGGGGAGGGCGAUCCUGCUGGAAAAGCCAAGGCUGAGGUCCAGCAGCCCAGCAGAAAGAGCAGGGACAGAGAGGAACUGGUGCAGAGCGCUGAGCAGAGCCACAUGAAGCCUGCCGGGGAACCAGGACAGGAGUGCAGCAAGCCGGCUGAGGAGGGCGCUGUCACCCGGAGCCACUGACUCCCAGGGGGGGGACCCCAUUCCUUGUUCCUGAACUAAAACUCUUCUCCCAAAUAUCCAGAAUGGUGUUCCCGAAGUUGAUCUGGAUGGGUUUCUUCUGCCACCUGUGUCGAGGCUACUUUGAUGGUCCCCUGUACCCAGAAAUGUCUAAUGGGACUCUGCAUCAUUACUUCGUGCCUGAUGGAGACUAUGAGGAGAAUGAUGACCCAGAGAAGUGCCAGCUGCUCUUCAGGGUGAGUGAUCGCCGGCGCUGCUCCCAGGGGGACGGGGGCCAAGCCAGUAGCUUGCUGAGCCUCACCCUUCGAGAGGAGUUCACGGUGCUGGGCCGCCAGGUGGAGGAUGCUGGGCGCGUCCUGGAGGGCAUCAGCAAAAGCAUCUCCUACGACCUGGAUGGGGAAGAGAGCUACGGCAAGUACCUGAGGCGGGAGUCCCACCAGAUUGGGGAUGCCUACUCCAACUCUGACAAGUCCCUCACUGAGCUGGAAAGCAAGUUCAAGCAGGGCCAGGAGCAGGAUAGCCGGCAGGAAAGCAGACUCAAUGAGGACUUCCUGGGGAUGCUGGUCCACACCAAGUCCUUGCUGAAGGAGACGCUGGACAUCUCUGUGGGGCUCAGAGACAAAUACGAGCUGCUGGCACUCACCAUCAGGAGCCAUGGGAGCCGGCUAGGUCGACUGAAAAGCGACUAUCUCGAGGGUGGGGGACAGAGGACUGGCUAAAUUUUCCACUGUAGCUGUUUUAUUUUAUCCAGAUUCGCACUUUGAGAAUGCGUCUGAAGUUGUCUUUUCAAACGAAAGAAAACUUUAAGCGGUUGAGUUAUUUUGAUUUUGGUUUAGUUUGUGCAUUAUUUAUGUCAUUACUGAGGAUUUUUCACCGGUUAAAAAUAUGUUUUAAAGUAAUCCCUGGGGUAUUUCCUAAGGGGCUUCAUAGCUCUACAGAAUCAUGUCUUUCAGCCCCAUCUAAAGGAUGUAUUUUGUGUGGAAAGACCGGUUAACCUCCCUCACCCUGAAGACUGUGUGGACACACCGAGCGAGACAUGGUGGAUGGCGUCACUGCUUCUUCAGCCUUCUCUGAAGGCUGAGGCGCCUGCUUUGCAGAUGAAGUCACAGGUGUGUUGCAAGCUUGCCAGCCAAGGAAAUUGCUUGCUUCUCCUCUCGCUCUUAUUUAUUUACCAUGUUCUGGGUUGUUUUAUUUUGUUGUAAGAGUGUUAUUGAAAGUUUAUAUACAAAUCGCCAGCAUUGAGAUGUUCAUGUUUCCCCUGAGGGUUUGUGUAAGUUGAGGAUGCAGCAUUUAAGGCAGCAAGGCUUUGGGGCUGUUGUUCAUUCAUGAUGCGGACUUCCUGCGUCUUUCACUAUACCAUCAAAAGAACAGAUGGUUUGAACACACCCCUCGGUGUCUAAGAUUUAGGCUGCCAGUGUAUUCUUUCUUCUUGGGGUGGGGAAAUACUGCUUACUUUUGCUUAUUGGAAACUUGUAUUUUAAGGAGGAGGGUCUAAUUCUAGAAACCCCUUAAUCUAAGUUUUAUUAUUCAGCCAAUAAAUAUGUUUUCAUAUA